GGUCGGCGUCAAGCUCUCCCUCAAGUUUUCCUGGCUUCGUGCCGGAUCAAGCAUUGCACGGCAAGCUGCGCUCCCUCGGGCGGCUUCUGCUCAUAGUGGGCCAGAAGCUGGUGGAGGCUUCGUCUACGCGUGCGUUGUGGCUGGACACGAGCCUCGUGGUCAGCGACGAGGUGCUGCACGUCAGCGGCACCGCGCUGCAGGGCGCUGCCAAGGCACUGCUGAAGGACCGGUGGGACCGCGCCCGCCACUUCCUCAGCGUGGCCAGGUCGCAGGUCAACCCGUUGUUCCCGCAGGAGCAGCUGGAGGUGCUGAAGGGGAUGCUCAGCGGCUCCUCCGCGCUGGUGGACACCACGGCGGCCUCGCCGGCCUGGGGCGUACGCUCGAGACGCAGGCGCAGCGCGUCAACGAGGCCUGCAGCUGCCUCGACGGGGCCGUGUGCGGGCAGCUGGAGGAUGCCUUCUUCGACGCCGCGGGCGCGCUGAGUGCCGCAGCCAGGCUGUUCGACAAGAAGGC